AUGUAACAGGCCUUUCUGUCUAAUUCGAUGAAUGUAUUAAUCAAAGAAACCAACAACCAAUUAAAGGGCCAAUUGGCUUAAUACGAUUAAAGAUUGAAAACAAUCAUAAACUAAAGUAUACAUAUAAAAAAUUAUGCUUUAGUAUUCAGAAAGCAAAGGAUGUUUCAAAAUAUUUACUUAUUUGUUGAUGUCAAUGAAAAUAUUAUCAACACCUAAACCCCAUUUUACUGCCCAUCCAACAUUUCGCAGAAAGAAUCUAAAUCCAUCUUUUGCCUAAUGGCCUAUUAAUAUGAUGAAACUAACUAUACGGAGUUAUCAACAGCAAUCUAAAAAUAAUUUUAGGUUGUUUCGCUAUUUCAUUAAACCAUAUAGAUUUUUGACGCAACCCAAUUCAUAGCUACAGGAAUAGCUUACACCUCAGAUGACUCAAUUCCUAUAUUAGGAACUUGGCCAGCCUUAAAUUCCACAUUAUCCUACAAUGCUCAUCAAAGAUCUUGGUAUCUAAGCCACAUAGCAUAAAUGAAAAAUGGGCUUUAAUACUAGUAUAGUGAUUUAUUUACAACCAUUUUUGGCACUUACACUAUUGCCAUAUCACAAAAUUUAACGAAUAAAAAUAAUUAAUUUGCAGGAGUUGUUUUUAAUUUAAUGGAUUUUAAUGUCUUUAAAAAAAAUUUCAAUGCUGAUUACAUUUUAACUAACAUCAAAGGUUAAAUUAUCAUAGGACAAUUCAAAUACCCUCCAAAUACAACCAAGCCGAUUUUCUUUUUUAAUGAUUCAAUUACCGGUUUCAAUUAAGUCGAUUGGGAUUCAAUAUCCAUUAUAAUUAAUGACACUUCAAAUUAAUAUGAUAUCGAAUCUCUAAGCAAUUGCUCCCAAGAUGUAUCCGACUAUCUCUGCAGAUACAACUCAUUGUACGGUUAGGAAGUCCUUAUAAUUGCUAAAUAACUUGAAUAUCCUCCAUAUCCACCUCAAAUAGUGAUUAUGUACAAUAUUCAAUUAUCAUUAAAGAUUCAAAAAUAUAACAGAAGUUUAUCAAUAGGUUCAUUAACUCAAUCAAAAUAUAUAUUUAUUAUUCGCUUCAGAAUUUUAGAAAGAUAUACAAAUUUUGGUCCUUGUUGCCGUUGGAAUUAUCUUACUAUUUUUAAUCCUCUUGAAUCAAAUCACCAAGUCUCUAAACCUUUUAAUUAAAUACUCGAAAUUUCAAUAGAAUAACCUAACAUACUUAAAGGAACAAUAUUAAAUGAAUCGAUAAAUUGAGGCCAUAACUAAUUUCUACAAUUUUAAGCAGAACUUGAGGAUGAUCAGAUUCUCCGAAAAUGCUUUAGAUUAAUUAACUUUGCAAUAUUUCUGUAAAACCUAUCUUAUACUGUAGAAUUGCUUUCUAUAUUGAAGGGCCAAUAAGGAGAAUUUAAGAAAUCUGAAGAGUGCCUCUAAUUGGAGUAAACCCCUUAUCCAAAGACUCGAUAUUUCUUAAGGCUCUCCCAAACUUAAACCCUACACAAUUACCAUUCGAUUAUAGAUGGAAAAACUGUUAAUCAAAUUAUUUAAUAUUUUUUAAUAAAAAAAUAGAAAUAUUGAUUAUUUU